UGGAUGGACAUCAAACAGUAUUAAAUCACCUGGAACAACUGCCCUGAGUGAAAAACCUGCAACAGCACCUCAGCUAAAUGAGCAAGACACAUUGGUUCAGAGGGCAGAGCAUAUUCCAGCAGGAAAGCGUACUCCCAUGUGUGCACACUGCAAUCAAGUCAUUAGAGGACCCUUCUUGGUGGCUUUGGGGAAGUCAUGGCAUCCGGAGGAGUUUAACUGUGCCCACUGCAAAACCUCCAUGGCUUACAUUGGAUUUGUGGAAGAGAAAGGGAUGCUGUAUUGUGAGGUCUGCUAUGAGAAGUUCUUUGCCCCUGAGUGUUCAAAGUGCCAGAGGAAGAUCCUUGGGGAAGUAAUAAAUGCUUUGAAGCAAACUUGGCACGUUUCCUGCUUCGUGUGUGUGGCCUGUCAUAACCCCAUCCGCAAUAACGUCUUCCACUUAGAAGAUGGUGAUCCCUACUGUGAAACGGAUUACUAUGCCCUCUUUGGUACUAUGUGCCAUGGCUGUGAAUUCCCCAUUGAAGCUGGAGACAGGUUUCUUGAAGCUGUGGGCCACACUUGGCAUGACACUUGCUUUGUAUGCUCUGUAUGUAAUGACAGUUUGGAGGGUCAGACUUUCUUCUUCAAGAAGGACAAGCCACUGUGCAAGAAACAUGCUCACUCCAUCAACAUCUGAUGCUUGGAGCUUAUCUUGUGUAACAAAUGUACUAAGCAAAAAAGUGAAAAUGUCCAUGUUCAAUAAUUGGUUUAAAUUAUUUAGAUAAAAGUUUUCUAAAAUGGGAGAGAGAUGUGGAAACUUGCAGAAGGGAUUGUAUGCUA